AUGGCACAUUUGCUCAUCAACCCCUUCAAGGUUGGACCUCUUCUUCUUUCACCACUCAGCGAGUUCUACGGUCGACGCCCAGUAUUCUACUACGCCAACAUCUUCUACACCCUCACGCACGUCGGCAGCGCCCUGUCCCCUAACAUUGGAUGUCUCCUCGCAUUCCGCAUAAUUUCCGGCUUCGGCGCCUCAGCUUGCUUCUCCGUCGCAGGUGGAAUGCUAGCGGACCUCUACGACAUUCAUCAGCGCGGCGUCCCUAACGCAAUCAUCACGACAGGGUCUCUAUUUGGACCCGUGCUCGGGCCCUUGUUCGGGGGUAUCAUUACACAGCGCGCAGGCUGGCGCUGGAUAUUUUGGGCACUCCUAAUUGCUUCUGCCAUUGUGACGGUUCUCAUGAACUUGUUCACGCCAGAGACGAAUGUACACAUCAUCUUGCGUCGGAAGGCAUUGAGAGUCGGAAAGGAGACGGGAAGGACGGACUUGCUGAGCUUCUAUGACAACCAGGUUGGGACCUCGUCCAAGAAGAACCCUCAGACACUAGGACAGGCGCUCCGUCGCCCUUGGAAGAUGUUAUUCCGCUCACCCCUCGUGCCGAUAUUUUGCGUCAUGACGGGCUUCAUCUCAGCUCUUCUAUACAUCCUGCUCACAUCCACAUCUUCAUUCUUCCAAGAAGUCUACGGCUGGCCUCUCGAGACAGCCGGGCUCGCCUACCUAGGCCUCGGCUUCGGAAGUCUGGUCGGUCUACUCCUAUUCGCCAAAACCUCAGAUCUCAUCGCCGCACGACUCGCAAAGAAGAAUGGCGGCCUAUACCAGCCAGAAAUGAGACUGGUUACCGCCUUUAUCCCAGCCCUGUUUAUCCCCGUCACCUUUUUCUGGUACGGCUGGUCGACAUACGCGAUGACGCAUUGGGUUGUCCCCUUGAUCAGCUUGGCGCCGUUUGGCUUUGCUCAGGUCGGGAUCAACGCGUCUUCUCAGGCUUACUUGAUUGACGCCUCCGGGCCCUUUGCAUCUUCUUCGUACGCUUGCGUUACGUCGGCUCGCUGUCUCAUAGGUGGGUUCCUUCCUCUGGUUGGACCUAGUCUAUACAGAAACCUUGGCCUAGGAUGGGGCAAUUCAGUGCUUGGGUUUGUUAGUUUGGCCAUGGUACCGAUUCCUCUGCUUUUGUAUCGAUAUGGACAAAGACUUAGAGAGAGGAGCCCUCUGGACAGGGCAUAG